CUGUUCUGUCCAAAGUUUGUACAAUAUACGUCCCACCUAACUCAGCUAAUAAUAUUUCUAUUUUCAGCGAACAGAGACGAAUUCAAAGAUGAACGAGCGCCAUCAGCAGGUGGUCAGUCGAUAGAGCAUCCACUUCGACGGAAGACGUCUGUGCUGGUGCCAUUGAUGUCACGAGAAGAUCUCACGCAAAUUCCGGAAAUGUUGGCACCACCGAAUCGCAUAUGA